AUGCCUCCCACUAAGACUGCUCCUACACCUAGCAGGAAGGCCCCAGUAGGCUCUCCACGUCGCCCGAACUGCGAGCUAGACGCCGGGAUGCGCACCAAAAUCGUCGAACUGAAGACUGUCGCCCUGUGGUCCUACCGACAAAUCCACGCGGAAUAUCCUUCUAUUCCUCUCUCAACCAUCAAAUACACAGUCUCUAAAGCUCGCGAGCGAGAGAAAAACGCUACUUUACCUCGAUCUGGUCGCCCAAAGGUGCUAGACGAGGCCGAUAAAGAGGUUAUCUUGCAGAAAAUCCGCGAGGAACCGCACGUUAAAUACGACGACCUUCUUGCAGCGGUCAGCAAUAAAUGCAAAAAAGACUCCAUCGCUCGCCUAUUGGCUGCUGAAGGUCUAAAGAAGCGGCGAGUGAUGAAGCAACCCUAUUUGAAAGAGGAUCACGCUACGAAACGGCUUUUAUAG